AUGACUGUCUUCUAUCACCAGUCCUACUGCGACCCAGGGUGCUACAGACCCUACUCUUCUUGCAGCUCCUAUGGAGGCUACAGAGGCAAAAUCUCCUAUAGCACUGGGAGCUGCUAUGGAGGAGGAUAUGGCUACAGGCCAAGAUAUGGUGGCUCGUAUGGUGGCCAAGGCUAUGGCCGCAUUUGCUACCAGCCAUUAGGCCUUGGUGGCUAUGGUGGCUAUGGUGGCUAUGGUGGCUAUGGUGGCUAUGGUGGCUAUGGUAGUGGUGGUUAUGGUUAUAAACGCAUUUCCUACCAGCCAAUAAGUUGUGGUGGUUUUGGCUAUGGAGGUGGCUAUGGAAAACAGUAUACCAGUCGCUAUGGCUGCUACCAACCUCACUACAGCUAUGGAUCCAGGCGUGGCAGCAUCUGCUAUGACCCAUGCGACUAA